GGCGUGCAGUGUUCUGUGUGGUGCUGAGAGCUGACCAAGGCCCAGCAGCCAGCAGUCUGCCGCGGCGACAGUCGUCAAACUAACGCGAGAGCCGUGCACGCGCCGCCCCUCCCAGUGACGAGAUUAUAACGAAACGACUGACAAUAAGGAAUCGAGAUGACAAAAGUGGAUCUGAACAAAUGCGGGAGCGUGGUAUCAAUGAGCCAAGAUGGAAGCAAUGGAUUGGAUGGCUACGGGAUGUUCCAGUCUAGAGAACAAAUCCUGCCGAUGGAGAAGACAGGACGCAGCCUUGAGAACGGUAAAGAAGUUCCCAUGGCAUCAGAAUACCAAGUCACACAUCCUACCUCAUACAUGGACACGCUUCUCCACCUCUUUCGAGGGAACAUAGGCAGCGGUCUCCUGGCCAUGGGGGAUGCCUUCAAAAAUGGCGGCCUGGUGUUUGCCACAAUCAUGACUGCCGUCCUCGGCGUCAUAUGUGUACACGCACAGCACCUCUUGUUGGACUGCUCAGAAGAGAUGCACCGGCAGUCGAAACGGGACAAGCCUCCUAACUUUCCUGACACCGUGUACUUAGUCUUCGCCCACGGCCCUCCCCGGCUGCGAAGGCUUGCUCCCACUAUGAGGGUUCUGGUCAACAUGUUUCUUUGCAUCACGCAGCUCGGCUUUUGCUGCGUUUACAUCGUCUUUAUCGCAAAUAACGUCAAAAUGAUUUGCGAUCACUAUGGUUUCAAGCUAGACCUUUCAAUACACAUGAUACUAGUCCUGAUCCCAGUGCUUCUCUCGUGUAUGGUGCGGAACCUCAAGUACCUGACCCCUUUCUCGACGAUUGCCAACGUACUCAUGGCUUUAGGAGUCAGUACAGUCAUCUACGAAGCUUCCCAGGACCUACCUGCAGUGGACACUAGGGUUUAUAUGGCGUCGUGGCAACAAAUACCGUUGUAUUUCGGCACGGCCAUUUACGCUUUUGAAGGGAUUGGAUUGGUGCUACCACUGAAGAAUGAAAUGCGUAGGCCAGAAACCUUCCAGAAGCCUCUAGGGGUGUUAAACGUUGGCAUGGUGGUGGUGGGUCUCAUUUUCAUCACAGUGGGUUUCCUGGGUUAUCUCAAGUGGGGUGACACCGUCGAAGGCAGUCUAACACUCAACUUACAACCAGGACAAGUCCUAAGUAACGUGGUGCAAGGUCUGAUAGCCCUGGCGAUUCUCUUCACCUACCCACUUCAAUUCUACGUUCCUAUAGACAUUACGUGGCCAUACCUCCAGACUAAGUUGGGAGACAAGUCGCCAGUAGCCAAGGAGCUGGGCUACCGGGCACUUCUGGUCGUGCUUACUUUCAUCCUAGCAGAGUCCAUUCCUCAGCUAGGACUGUUUAUAUCCCUGGUGGGCGCUGUCAGCAGUACGGCGUUAGCGCUUAUGUUCCCGCCAAUUAUUCAAAUGGUGAUGACGUCACAAAACCGUGGGGGAGUUCCCUGGUUUAUGCUGGUCAAAAAUACCAUCAUCAUUCUCUUAGGCGUCUUCGUCUUCUUCACAGGGACCUACGAAAGUUUAGCUUCGAUAAUAAGGGCGUUUAAAGAAUAGAUAUUACUGAUAGUGUAAGUAUUUUUACCCAAAAAUACGGGUGCUGUUUUUAUAUAACUGUCUUUGGCAUCUGCGCUUGAUAGUAGAAGUAACCAAUUUAUAUGGAGUUCUAGUACCCUAUUAAGGUACUUGUAAACGAUAACCCAGAAAAUAUAGAUAUUCUUUGUUAAUGCUAUAAAAAUAUGAAGAAGGUAGGUAUAGUACGUAUAUGUGUAAUUAUUGUUUAGAAUUAACUUGUAAUAUAAAUACAUUAUCCUUAUCAAGAGUUUAAAGUAAGUGGAAAAGAGAAAAUAAAGUAGUGUAUAUCUUGAAUAUAUGAAUGAAAUGAAUUUAAUUCCCUUUAUUUCACUUAAGAACUACCACCUACUAUAUAACUUAGGUGAUUUACAAAAGGCAGCCUUUACAUUAUGUAAUCUCUUCCAGGCAAUCUUAUAAAUAUAGCUUAGUGAGAAUGAGGUGCAGCAUAAGGUAUUUUUCUAUUUAACAUAUUAAAGGGUUAAUAUAUGAGACUGUUAAAAAAUGAGAAUUGUUGCGGUGCACAAAUUUAAAAAGAUUAUUUAAUCAUAUAAACAAUGAUUAAUAUUGUUAUUUAUAAUCAGAAAAAUCUAAAUAAUUUGUCAUAUAUACAGGGGUGUGUGGUGUUAUCCCAAUUGUAUUCUCAACAUGUUCAACCCUUUAGGAUUCUUGCUCAGAAGAUAUUUACACCACCCACAUUUAUAAAAUUUUUAUUACUGUUUUCAUUAAGUAUAAGGCUUUUGAUAGAAAUCGUUAUAGUCAAUUAUAAUAAUAUAAUAUUAUCAUUCGAAUAGAUCUUCUGUGAUUUAUUAUUUGUAUGUAGGUAUGUAUGAGAACGGUGGCUAUAUUUUAAGUUAAUGUUGUACACUAAUACAGACUGUUUGAAAACGGAAAUAAAAUUAUGUCUAGCUAUGGAUUAGCUAGCUACCAUUUUUUCGCUCUAAAUGGACUAGAAAGGGCACAAAAGAAGAUAAGUUUAAAAGGCAAGAUGAAUGAAAUUAUACUUACUCAUUAUAUUUGCAUUUAAACUUACUAAUUGGCGAUACAUGCGUGAAUUCAAAAAUAGUAUUUUUAGUAGCAAAAAUGUAUGUAGCCCUACGAUUGCCUGUGAUCACAUGUUUUAAAAUAUUUAAAAUGAUACCUUAGUAUUAAGACCGCUAUACGUAUACCUACGUCUCUACGUAACUAAAGUAGGUAUAUUAGUAUUACUCUCAGCUUGCGCGGGGAGCUUCUUUCACCGCAAAAGUAGGUCUAAAACGACGACCUUGAAGAAGAUUAAUGAAUGUAGAUGGAGCAAGAGAAGUAUACUUACAGAUAUCGUGGCAAGUGAAAAAAUUAAAUCUCUGCCUACCCUUCCGGGAAAGAGGCACGAUCAUUUAUAUUUAUAGGAAUUAUUUUUAUAAUGUUUAAAUGUAAGUAAACAGUUGUUCAUGAAAUAAAUGUAUGAAGCAGGUCCCUGAGGAUGCCAAUUAUUUUGUAAGAUUACUAAUGACGUUUGUGAUAAAACAACUAACAGUGCCUAAUACAUUAUUAUAAUUUAUCAUCUAAAUUACAAGGACCUAAAUUAAAAAGUAUCAAUUGUACAUUAUAUGGAAGUAAAAUUU